GAUGUCGUCCAGGCAGAUCAGAUAAGCUGCUCCCGUCGCUCCUGUCUCACUUCUCUUCACGCUCCAGACCCGACAUGACAUCCGCCGGGCAGAGGCUCCUGGUGCUCCUCACACUUCUCUGCAUCAGUGGAGCGGCUGAAUCCAAGAGGAAUUUCAAAUGUCCUUCAGGAUGCGCCUGCUCCAAGGAGACCAUCAUCUGCGUCGGUCCGGCUCACAUGCCCAGGACCAUACCCAGCGACAUCAACUCGCUGAGCAUGGUGAAUGGAUCCAUCCCUGAAAUCACAGAGGGCAUGUUCGCUCUCAUGCCUUCUCUUCAGCUGCUGCUUUUAAAUGCCAAUUCUUUGACCACCAUUAAAGAUGAUGCUUUCUCUGGUCUCCCACAUCUUGAAUACUUAUUCAUCGAAGGCAACAAGAUUGAAACAAUCACCAAAAAUGCCUUGCGUGGUCUACGAGAUUUGACUCAUCUCUCCCUCGCCAACAACAAGAUGAGCUCUCUGCCAAGAGAUCUUUUUUUUGACUUGAAUUCGUUGCUGGAACUGGAUCUACGAGGCAACUCUUUCCAGUGCAGCUGUGAGAACAAAUGGCUGAUGACGUGGCUGAAAAACACAAACGCCACAGUGUCGGAUGUCUUCUGCGCAGGGUCCAGUGAGAUGAAGGGCAAGCGGCUCCGCGACCUUCCUAUUCCACCGGGCGAGUGCAUGUCCACAGACUUUGUGCGUCAUCAGUCCAUUCCCAUUCAGUCCAUGUCAGCAGACAUCUUCUCCUUUAAAGAGGAUAUCUAUGUGGCGAUGGCUGCUCCCAACACCAACAGCUGCGUGGUUAUGGAGUGGGAUCACAUCGAAAUGAACUUCAGAAAAUUUGAUAAUAUCACAGGGAAGUCGGUUGUUGGAUGUAAGUCGGUCCUGAUCGACAACCACGUCCUGAUAAUUGUCACCCAGCUCUUUGGUGGAUCCCACAUUUAUAAGUUUGACGAUCAACAAAACAAGUUCACCAAGUUUCAAACGAUUGAAGUCUUCAACAUCUCCAAGCCAAAUGACAUUGAGGUCUUCCAAAUGGACGGUGAUUGGUAUUUCGUGAUUGUGGACAGCUCCAAGUCUGGAUUGUCCACUCUGUACAAGUGGAUCGACCAGCCAGACCGCAACGAAACUGGUUUUAACUCCUACCAGUUUCUCCACGAGUGGUUUCGCGAUACGGACGCUGAGUUUGUUCAAGUGGACGGGAAGUCCUACCUCAUCUUAGCCAGUCGAUCUCAGUCUCCUGUCAUCUACCUGUGGAACAAAAGCUCCCUGAAGUUCAUUCUCCAUGGUGAGAUUCAGAAUGUGGAGGACGUGGUGGCGGUCAAAGCGUUUCGGGAGGACGGAGAGUUGUACCUGGCCACGACCUGCUACAUCGGGGACUCCAAAAUCCUCAAAUGGGCCAACAAGCUGUUCACGGAGGUGCAGGCUCUGCCGUCUCGAGGAGCCAUGGUCCUCCAGCCGUUCUCCUUCAGGGACAGACACUACCUCGCCCUCGGCAGCGACUACUCCUUUACACAGAUCUACCUCUGGGACGCGGAGACCAAAACCUUCCACAAGUUCAAGGACAUUUACGUGCAAUCACCUCGGUCGUUUACAGUCGUGACCACAGACCGCAGGAAUUUCAUCUUCUCUUCCAGCUUCAAGGGCAAAUCCAUGGUUUUUGAGCAUAUUACUGUCGAUUUGAGCCUAUAGUGCCUCACGAAAACCACAACGAAGGACAUUUUUAGUUGGUCGCCCCAAUCGACAUUGUGUUUAUGCCACAACGUUUCCAAGAGCCUCAAACAUUGUAUUAUGCUUAUUAUGCAGCCGCCAGAUAUAUCUUGUUAGAGGCAACAACGAAAUUGGCAAGUUUCUACAACUCAUGCAUUUCCAGAAAUGAAUAACCGACUCUCAAACAGCUAACUAAAAACUGAGAGAAAUGCCAACCUUUGCCAUGUUAACAGCAUGAAUUUAUACGGGCCAAGGCUCUGCCCCACUCAGAACCAGACGGAAAACAAAACACAGAUUUCUGUUCCCCUGUGAUAUUUGUUCGGUUCGACCACUGCAAGCAAGACUGUUACCCCUAAAACGCUUUUACUCUUUAAGUGAGGUCUCUUGUUUUGGAAGCCAUCUCCUCCCAGUGUGACCAGUGCAUGACACAGACAUGUUCUUAUUAACAAAAUAAUAGCAGUAUUGACUAAAUAUGCAUAUAUAACCAGCUACUGUAUGAACAGAGUGCCUGAUUAGUGGCUAAAUGAAAUGUAACCACUCCUGAUUCCUAUGCAAAAUGUAUAAAAAUACUAAGUGUUGCUACAAUCAUGAGGUGUUGUGCUGCUCUAUGACUUGAAUGCAUUUAUAUGGUUUUAUGCCAAAUAACAUCUGUUCUCUUUUUACUAACAUUUCUCAUUUAUCUUAAAUAUUAUCUACACUGUUCGCCUUGGAAUAUAAAAGAGGGAUCGCUACCUGCUGCAGAAGCUGAAGCUUAAAUGUGUUGCUGCCUUGAAUUCCUAUGAGGAACUAGGAAGUGGCAGUGGAUGAAAAAUGCAUAUGAAAUGUGAUGAAGUUAAAUGAAUAAAAUUCUUUGAAAACAUGUACCAUUGACCUCCAGCUGUUUCACCAACAUGUUUUGGUGAAACAGCUGGAGGUCAAUUAUACACCCCCAAAGAUGA